AUGGAGGCGACAGAGGUCGACAACGACACCAGGGGGUGGAUCAUGUGUAUCGUGAGCGGAAUGGCCUGCGUCGUUGGCGCAUCCAUCAUUUGCGUCGACCUGCUUGUGCGCUACAUUCCUGGAAAACGCAACUUCAGGAUACAAGACAGCAAUGGCUUCUUGGCCUGCUCACUAAGCCUGAGUUUCGGAGUCAUGCUUUACUCGGCCUUGAACAACAUGCUGCCGUCUGCAAAGAAGUAUCUGAAGGAUGAUGGGUUUCAAGACCAGCUGGCAGGAUUCCUUAUGAUGGCCUGCUUUAUUGGAGGGUUCGUCGGCAUUCAAGUAAUUUCACGCCUGCUGCACCAGUACAUGCCGUCGCAUGUUGUCGACUGCGAUCACACGCACGACCACGGUGAGAAUGAUUUCCGGUCGCGCAGUCUAAGCAGGCAGACGUCUACCUACACUUCGAGUCGUCGAUCAUCCCGCCGCCCGCUUCUCGGAAGGGUUGCAAAGAACGGCCACGCCACCGAGUCGACUCCUCUGCUCAACGGAGGGGUGCCGCAAGAAAACGGCGCCCACCUUGUAGCCAAGCGCCACACCUCGAGUAGAACCCCGAGCGUCAACACCGCGCAUUCUACCCCUGCUCGGACUUCGCGGAGUCGUGGUCCCACAGCCGAUAGACGACCGUCCAUGGCCCAAGUCCAACAGCGGGUCAUGUCCUUCGUCAAAGACACAAAAACCAACUGCGAUGAGGACGGGCCGUGUUUUGGAUACACUGACCCUUGCGGGCAGGAGUGCUUCAAGCACUUGAGCAACCGAACAACAACUGCUCCAAGACAUCCGUCCAUGCUUCGGACGAGCAUGGGGAGCUUCAAUGUUCACAGCCACGCCGACCUGGACGACUUGGAGGAGGGCGGUCCCUUAAGCGACCCGCCCACCAGCGGGACAGUGCAGACGAGCCGUGCGACGUCAAGAGAGCCUCUGUCAGAACACCAUGAGACGGAUCACCAUGGUCAUGGCCACAACGCCCAUGGCGAUGCCGAGCACAUGGGCGAAGACGUCGAGGCCCAACAUCACCACCAUGUUCCCACCAACGCCUUCCUCUCACUUGGCCUGCAGACCUCGAUCGCUAUCGCGCUGCACAAGUUCCCCGAGGGCUUCAUCACAUACGCGACGAACCACGCCAACCCCACGCUGGGCUUCAACGUCUUCAUGGCCCUGUUCGUGCACAACAUCACCGAGGGCUUCGCCAUGGCGCUGCCGCUGUACAUGGCGCUCGGGAGUCGCCUUAAGGCCAUGGUCUGGUCCGCCCUCCUGGGCGGCUUCAGCCAGCCCCUUGGCGCGGGCAUCGCCGUUUUGUGGUUGAAGCUUGCUAAGCACACCUGCCUCACUCCCACCGCCGUCGCGUACGCCUGCAUGUUCGCCAUUACGGCCGGUAUCAUGGUGAGCGUCGGUCUGCAGCUGUUCGUCGAGGCGCUUAGUUUGAACCACAACCGAAACCUUUGCAUCUUUUUCGGAUUCAUGGGCAUGGCUCUACUGGGCAUCACCGGCGCCAUCGCCUCUACGCAUUAA